AUGAUGAGUGAGCAGACAUCACCUCCACCGCCUGACUGGCCCAAAAGACCAAUUCUUGAUUACACGAAAGACGACGAUCGUGUCUCCAUCUGCUUAGGAAAUGGACCUCCAGAAGCACCAAACAACAUAGUUUACCAUGUCUCACGGCUGCGCCUGGCCUAUCAUUCCCCACGCUUUCGUAAGCUUUCCGAUGAAGAUGUUAGCUCGCGUGGGUUCGGUUUCUGCGAGAUCUCGAAGUUUUGGAGGGACAAGCCUGAUAUUUUCGGUCAUAUAGUACAAUACGUGAAUACUGGAUCGAUCAUUAUCCCAACUCAUGUUGCCCACAAUACAUUACUCUCUGCUUGCAACGAGUGCUCACCGUCCUCCAUCGAAAAACGCUACAAAGCCGGUCUGAGUCUUUCAACCCUAGUGCAUAUUUGGUAUCUUGCAGACUUUCUCAUGAUGCCGCAUUGCCAAAAUGUUACGAUAGAUCAUAUGUACCGACUUCUUUGCCACAUCGCCACUCAUAGUCGUGGGUAUGAGUGGUUUUAUGACGGCAGCCCUCUCAUUAUCAACGAGUUUAUCGAUGCUCUUCAAAUCGCAGUCACCGCCGAAUCAACAAUGGCUGGAGGAAUCAAUCAGGUUCUGCUUCUGCUCGAAGAAUUCCUUGCUUGCCAUUCUACCUACCAUAGGUGGACACGAGAGCAAAAAGAUUUGGUACCAAGAUCAGUUCUUGAGGGUGCAAUGUUUGUGGUUCGAGAGAGAAGUGCGGAGCAAAGACGACUCACAAAUGAACUACCUGAGGAUAUUCGAGAAGCUACCGUGAGAAUAGUGGGUGAAUUUUUUGUGCAUGAUAAUGUCGACAAAGGAUGUUCCUUUCACGAUUUGAGCGUGGACUUUGAUUUCGAUGAUAUUUCGGGGCCGCAUUGGGAAUAA